AUGCGCCCAAGGCAGGAACGCAUCCUGUUCCUGAGCACCGUGGCGUCUUACCUUCUGCUGGCCGCGAGUCUGCUCUCACCUCGUGCACUAUGGCAGCCCUGCAUGCUGCUCGGCACGCUUUGCCUCGUAGUAUGCGUGGUUCUGCCGCUUCUUCUCAUGCGCCGCACACAUUUGAUCCAUUCCACCCCCCCGAACGAGCUGGACCGCGUGCCAAUAUCCCGUGCGGCAUACGCGCGCCACAUUCUCUUGGCGGGCGACGUGUGGCCAUCACUUGGGAUGCAUGCUGUGCUUGGAAUGUUCACUGUGUUCAUCUAUGCAAGCACAGCCGUGUGUCUGCAAGGCACACAGAAGACCGCAUUGUCGCCCAUUCGCUAUGUCGAUGUAAACCAAGCAUACUAUGUGAACGAGACUUUCCUUGUCACCACGGCUUCUGCUGCCUGCUUAGGUAGUUUGUAUGCGGCAUGCUCUAUGCUUUGCUUCAAAGGUGCACGACGUGGCGUGCCACCCUUUGAUGCACGUCAUCUCGGCAUGCCUUUGUAUGUGCAUGCCAUGGACGCAUUGUCGUCCCAUAUUGUGCGGACACUGCCCGUCUUGUGUGUAUGGCCUGUGUUUUUCUGUGUAUAUGUCAUGGUGCGUGAUUCAUUCUGGACGACGGUCCUGCGCAUCACAGGCGUUGAUACCGUGGUCCGGCAAGCCAUCGUGCCAUCAUUCCGCGUGCCAUUCCACGCUUGGUCCAUGUUUGCAUCGGCUGUGCCAGUGCUGGUGCUGAUGAUGGUGCUUAUGGAGGUCAUUCACACUCUCUUUGACGUCUAUUGGACACACCCACUUCCUUCCAUCGUGUCUGCGUACAAAGAUCCCAUCACAGCGCUUCUGGGUGGCCUGACCGACAAUCAUGCUUUCUUUUCUACACACGCCUUCGCUGAGCUCACUCGACUUGCGAAGCAUGACAAGGCAUUCCGCCUAGCUGUCUACGACGAUGUGCAACGCUUGCAUGGCCGUCCUGUUGCGUUCCCUGCGAUCUCACAGGCGUGCAUUCGAGCGCUGGAUGCACUCGCUCCCGCUCCGGAAGCGAAGAUCAACAGCGCAGCACAACAACCUUUACCAAGCGCGAAAGCAUCUGGCUUGGCGACUGCUAAUACUGACACCGCCGCCGCCGCCGCCGCCGCCGCCGCUGCUGCUGCUGCUUCCAAAGCUUCCAAAGCUUCUCGUGCGCCGCCCCCCACGUCCUUGUCGUCUUCGCGCUUCAACAUCUGGCAGACGCUGGCGUCUCGGCCCGCGAGCACUUCAUCAUCUGCAAAGACGUCAAAUCCAGACGCUUCCAGCGCCUCUUCCAAGCCGCUGACAUCGGCACCCCCAACCUCCGCGCCAUCAGCCGCAUUCCUCGGAAAGUCUCUUGCUCAGACAGUAUGGAAAUGGAUCCCAUCCGAGGCCAAGCAUGUGCUUUUCCCCCAUACGAUCCACGCAGCUUUGUUUGCGCCCGAGUCCACGCUCCUGUUGGACACUACGCUGUACGUCGAAGCGCCGCGCGCUUGCUUCGCUGCGAUGGCUAUGGAGUCUAUGGUGCUCGCAUCCCUGACCGAGGACAAGUAUGGCAGUGUGCAGCACCAAGUCCAGGGUUUGGUCGAGGCACUCUCUCGUGCGCAUACGCGCAUGGAGCGCGUGCGGCAAUCGGCAGAAAGCUUGGCCGUCCAGGCCGAUAGCCAGCACGUUCGCGACAUGUCUGUCUGGCGCGGCGCGCUCGCCGACGCUGGGUCAGAUGCAGCAGCGACCUUUGGCCCUGCAUUUGCACCUUUCUUCACCGAAAUGCAGAUGGCCUGGAGUGCGUACAUGUGUUUAGACUCGGCUCUCUCGAGGGCGACACGCCGCAUCACCGAGACCUUUGCUGCCUUCAAGUGA